CGCUUGCCUAUAGACGCUCGCAGUAGCAGUAGCAGGCAGGCAGCCAGCCCAGUACAUUUUGUUCAGUUUCAGUCUCAGUUCGGUUGGUGCAAGGCAAUUUUCACAGGCAGCAGAGCCCAGUAUCCACUAUCCAGUAUUCAGUAUCCAGUACAAGUAUCUGAACAACGUUCCGGGCCAAGAAGAGUGAAGCAGAAGCAGAAGCAGAAGCACAGCGACAAGGCAAACUGCUUAAGUGCUCAGCCUUUAUAUAUUCCUCGAGAGAAGUCAAAUUAAACCAGAAAAAUGAGUGGAGAUCGCCCGAAGCGUCCCCUUUCCGCCUACAUGCUGUGGCUCAACGAGACCCGCGAACAGAUCAAGAAGGAUAAUCCCGGCAGCAAGGUGACAGACAUCGCCAAGCGGGGCGGAGAACUCUGGCGCGGACUGAAGGAUAAGACCGAGUGGGAGCAGAAGGCCAUCAAAAUGAAGGAGGAGUACAACAAGGCGGUGAAGGAGUACGAGGCCAAUGGCGGUACCGAUUCCGGUGCGCCCAAGAAGCGAAAGAAGGCGGCCGCCAAGCCCGCCAAGAAGGCCAAGAAGAAAGAGUCCUCCGAGGAGGAGGAGGAGGACGAGAGCGAGUAGACGGUUGCAUCCAUCGCAAAGGGCAACGUUUUUCUGCAUAAGUUUUAAAAUACAUUUUAUUAAUGUAAUUUUUUAAGUGACAAAAAAAACCCACAAAAUGAAAA